AGAAGACGCGCUCGUCCAAUGACACGCAGCGACAGGCACUGUCCGGAAAAGGUGGAAAAUAGUUUACUUACACAUGAAGGCUGGAAAAAUCAGUGAGGAUGUCUAACAGCAGCGUCACUCAUGUCCAGAUGUCAUCGGCGGGGCAGACAGAGCGCACCGCCGUCCACCUGAUGCCCUGUGAGAUUGAGCACAACGGGCCAGCCCAAGUCUCACAGUACUUCACCGCUGCCAUGAAAGACCGCAAACACGAGAAGACUGUGUCGUUCAGGGGUCGUGGGUUGAGGGGACAGGAGCUCAGCUGCCCACAGGGCUACACAGGCCUGGUCCUGAAGGAAGUCAACAAGCCUGGCUCCGACCAGGAGGACAGGACAGUGCGAGUAUCCUCUGUGUUUGACAAGCUGACCUACUGGAACAUGGAGACGCCUCCCAACUCUGAUGACACGAUUGUAAUGGCGAUGAGCUGGCCUGAGCUGGCAGAGGCGAUCCACGGGCCGGUGGACGACUGAUUUGAAUGACUGAUAUGGAACCAAUAUGCCAAUUUUCUGCCACCAGACUGAGAAGAGAAUCCAGGCAGGCUGGCGUUCAGAAUAAUGUGUGAUGUAAGAUGAUCACUAUCAGUGACAAGAAGCUAUAACCAUCAGAAGCUUUAAGCAGUGUCUUUAAGAGCGUGUGUCUCACAGUUUGAGAGACUUACACAAGACUCAUGUUUGUGUUUUUUGUACUAUAUGUCCUUUUGUAGUGAAAUAAAUUAAAAAAAGAAAUGUUGACUAA